AUGAUCCAAAGAAAGAAACCACUUCUCAUUUUUGUUCUUCAUUCCAUCCUCUUGAUAAAAGGAGCUACAUUUUUGUUCCUCAUUCUCAUAAAGAUUCCAUUAUUUCCAAAGGAGCUAAGAAUUCUAAGAGAAACAAUGGUGGAGGAAAUUGAGAUCCAAACUAAAGCUGAUAAGUUCUUCAUGUUUGUGAUCAGAAGAUCACAACAACUGUCCAAAGCCACUCCCUAUAUUAAGGGAUGUGAUCUUCUCGAAGGAGAAUGGGGCAAGGUUGGAAGCAUACUCCUUUGGAGAUUAGUUUUUGAUGGAGAGCCAAGAGAGUCAAAGGACAGGACCGACGCCAUGAAUAUGGAGAAGAAUAUGAUUCAGUGGAGGGUGUUAGAAGGACCUGUAAUGAAAGAGUACAAGAGCUUCUUGAAAACGUUGAAGGUGAGCCCUAAGCAUGAAGGGCAUGGAAGUGUGGUGAAGUGGAACAUGAAGUAUGAGAGGAUUCAUGAGAAGGUGGCUCAUCCAGAGAGGCUUCUUCAGUUCUUCAUCAAAGUUAUUAACGAAAUUGACCAAUACCUCUUGUUAGAGGAAUAG